AUGGCGACUAUUGCCAUCACUGAAACAGAUUCCACAGAUCUAAAACCAAUAGUAUCGUUUGGCUUAAUAACAGAUAUUCAUUAUGCCAAUCAGGAUGAUCGCUGGAAUUAUUCAAAAACGUUUCUUAGACGUUAUAGAAAUUCAUUGAAUUUAGUUGACCAAGCAUGUAACUAUUGGUUAAACGGAAUUCAUCCUAUAUCGUUUAUAAUUCAACUUGGAGACAUAAUUGAUGGAUCGUGUCAGACGAAUGAAACAUCAACAGAUGAUUUAAAACUGAUUCUUAAACAAUUUCGAGAUUUUUCGCCGAUAUAUCAUAUAUGGGGAAAUCAUGAACUCUAUAAUUUUACAAGAAAUGAAUUAUUAAAUGGGCCUUUGUGUUCUUUUGAUACCAAAAAUAUUUCACCUGGUCACUAUGGGACAUUGUUGGUUUGUCCUAAUUUGAGAAUCAUCGCAAUCGAUACUUACGAAUUAAGUCUAUUAGGCAUUGAUAAAAAUAAUGAGAAUUAUAUCAAAGCAAUGAAUUUACUAAAAGAAUAUAAUAAAAAUGAAAAUGUUAAUGAUCCAACUGGAUUAGAUGGUUAUCAACAACGAUUUAUUAAAUUAAAUGGUGCAUUAACACACAAACAACUUUUGUGGUUAAAAGAAGAAUUGAUGAAAGCGAAACAUCUUCAUGAAAAAGUUAUUAUCGUAGGUCAUAUUCCAAUCCAUCCAAAAGCAGGUGAUGAACUCGCCCUUCUAUGGAACUAUGAAGAUAUCUUAGAUAUUCUAUGGACAGUGGAUAAUACUGUUCUUGCUUAUAUUGCUGGUCACUCCCACGAAGGUGCUUAUUUUUAUGACGAAAAAAAUAUCCAUCACUUAACACUACAUGCCAUAGUUGAAUGUGAACCGGAUACAAAUGCUUUUGCAACGGUACAUGUUUAUAAAGAAUUUUUAAUCAUUCAAGGUAUUGGACGUAUUGGUACAUAUCGAAUCGAUUUAUCAAAUCGAAAUGAAUAA